AUGAGUUUCACUGGUCUCUUCAUGUUAAUGUCGGUGUCAGCAUUUCUGAUCAUGCCGACAAUCGUGUCAGCUACAUGUAGCGCACCGUACUGCCCGCCGCCCUGGCGUGCUUUCGGCGCGCACUGCUACCAGUGGAUUGACAAGAAAAUGUCCUGGAUUGAUGCUGAGCGCUACUGCCAGAUGCUAUCCCAUCCAGGGAAGAUGGUCCACCUUGCGUCCAUCGCAAACGAGGAGAAACACAUCAUUGGCCAGUAUGCUGAGGAUCGCGGGCAAGCUGUGUGGAUCGGAUUAUUCAACAACAGCGGUCAAAACUUUCAGUGGGUCGAUGGUUCCCCUGCAGACUCGCUGUGCUGGCAAAAGGCACAACCAAGCUACGACGGCGACUGUGUGGAAUGGUUUCAAGCGAUGAAUGACCGACCUUGCGAAACCGAGCAAACCUUCGUCUGUAAAUUCUAG